AGAGGAAAAGUAAUAUAUUAAAGCAUUUUUCAUUUUUCCGAUUUCACUGUUUCAGAAAAAUGAAGUUUCGUGGAAAAAUGGCGGAGUACCACUGCAUUCGGAAGUUCUAUGCGAUUAUUUCUUCGAUUGCGAAAAUAGCAAAGACUUGUGUGAUGCGAUUAACCGUAGACAAGAUGUAUCUCAUAAUGUCGGAAUUGAAUAAUGUUGUUGGAGGUCCGGCUGUUUGGGGAGAAAUCGAUCAGGAGUGGUACCUCGACGAUGUUGGAGUGAGUAUGAAGCUCCAAUUCUUCCACCAGUUCAUGUCUCUCUAUGCCUACCUGAUCUAAAGGUUAUGAAGAGAAUGAUCGAGAAAUAUAGAAUUUUGGGAUCUACAGUAGCGAUCGCUGGGAGAAGGGAUGGUUCCCUUUCACUUAAGGUCGAAUCUGAUGAGGUUGUAGUUGCUAGUCACUUCAAAAAUCUAAGAAUUCCUGUAUCUAGGUCUAAUCAGAUGCCUUGGAUAAUGUUAGAGGGAGCAGGAGUUGACAGUGCUACUGUCCGUGUGGAUCUUAAACGAUUAAACCAAUUUCUCUGCAGUGAACAGCUAGUCCCGGAGAGAAGUAUUGCGAAUAUUGUGGACAAUGAAAUCCUUCAUAUCAUGAUAGUUACUCAUGAUCUAGCUCUACAGUUCUUUCUGCCCAGAACAUCUAAAAACUAGUGUUUUAGUCUACUCUUUUUGGAUUUGUCUAAAUGUGAGGGCUGUCCACACUCUCAGAAUCCGUGGGAGGAGUGAAAACCUCACUAACUUGAGGGGUGGCGGAGUUGAGACGUCGUCUUUUCCUAUCCAUAGGGGUCAGGGUAUCUGAAGUACCUGGGGGUUUAAGUUCAUUAACUGGAGACAGUUGUUUUUCUUUCAAUGCACGCUUUUUAGAUCCUGAUCUAUCUAUUUCAUAAACUUCCUCUAGUCUAGAAUCGUCCACUGAUCGAGCAGCUCUAGCUUCGUCCAACUGCAGUUGACGAGACUCCAAUUCGUCCUUGAGACAAAUAUUUUCGUCCUUGAUUUCGUCCAGAUAAAUGUUGACCAUCUCCUGACUACUACUCAGCUUCUCACUCUUAAUUAGAAGUAAAUUAAAACUUGAUUUAGAUGUGCACAAGUUACGUCCAAUGUAAAUUAGUAUGAAUCUAAAUAUUUAAAAUUUAAAGUAAAGAAAUAUUGAAUUAUUUUCUGCUUCUAUACAAAAACAUUAUCUGUUAUGUACCUUACUGCGCCAACACUACCUGUUACUGUUUGUGAUAUUAUUAAUAAGAGUUUUAAAGAACUUUUAAAAAUACUUUCCAAAUACUCUUGGCUGUGAAAUUAUCAGUAUUCCAGAAAGAAAAUGGCAGAAACCGAAAUGUCGGACAAUAUGACGGAAGAAUUAGACUACGAACAUGAAGGAGAUGGGACGGAAGCCAGUGAUCCUGUGGAACCUUCAGUUCAUGUAGGAGAGGUCGGGGGUAAGCCACAGCAGGAAACUGAGAAUGGGAUUGAAGAAGACGUAGAAGGGGUCGUUGCUAAUGGGAUGGAGCAAGAGGAAGCAGUGGAGAAUGAUGACUCCAAGAACGGUGAGAGCGGAGAAGGAGCUGGAGUUGGAGUUGGAGUAGAUGGAACUGCUGCUGAUGGAGAUGAUGGAAAAGAUGGGUCUGGCGUACACCAAGAGGAAUCAGAUAAACCAGGAGGGGAAAAGAAUUCGGA